UCUGCACAGCUCAAAGCUCAAAAUGCCUGGGUUACUUAAGCGGCUACUCCUCCUGCUAUAAAAGGAAAGUGUUGGACUAGGACAUAAACAUGCUCAACAGCAGACACCUCAGCCUUAGCAAAAGAGGAAGAAUAUGGGGAUUCUGCAUCCUCUUGCUGUAUACCAACCCCCCUUCCUGUUUUGCAAAUUCCAGCAAAGCAAAACAGCUCAUCUAUAAGAUAAAAGAGGGAUUACCCAAGGGGACUUUCAUAGGGGCUAUUGGAGUAGACUUACAUUUGGAUUUCACAGUUGAGCCCCCCUUUUUAUUCAAUCUGCCACAAAAGAAGGUCAGUGAUCAGUAUGUGAAUCUAAAUAAUACCACUGGGGAGCUUUAUACAUCUGCUACAGAGAUCGACAGGGAGACCCUCUGUCCUGACAACACCGAGGGACAGGCAUGUGUCCUCUCCCUGGAUGUGUUUGUGCUGCCUCAGCAGUACUUUCAGCUUGUGAAAGUUAAGAUCUUCAUUGAGGACGUGAAUGACAACAGACCCAAGUUCCCGACUGAUGAAAUCUGCAUGUUCAUCCCAGAAAACACACAAAUCAAUGCUCGUUACACAGUGGAGCAGUCUGCGGUUGACCCAGACUUGGGUUCUCAUGGAGUGCAGACCUACUGGCUUGUGAACGACUUUGGCGUGUUCACACUGGAUGUUGAGGAGAAUGAGGGAGGUGAGCUGACACCUUUCCUUAUUGUAACAGAGGCUUUGGACAGAGAGAAGCAGGACGAAUACCUUACAGACAUCAUUGCUGAGGAUGGCGGGACUCCUCCUUUACUUGGUGCAGCUACCUUGAAAAUUGUCAUCACAGAUGUGAACGAUAACUGCCCUCAAUUCACAGAAUCACAAAUUAAUGUCACUCUGCAUGGGAAUACCACCAAAGGAGCACAUUUAGCUCGUCUGCAUGCUAUUGACCCUGACCUCGGUGCUAAUGCUCAGAUCAGCUAUGCUUACAGUGAACGCGUGCCAAGGGACACCAGAAGCUUGUUCCAUUUGGACAAACUCACAGGGGUGAUCAAACUCGCUGGGAAAAUUGACACUAAUACAGCCACAUUUUACAAACUCACUGUUCUGGCCACUGGACCUGGUUGUAUCCCUGCAGUUGCUAUUGUUACUGUCCAUGUAAUCAAAGUGGUUAGUGGACCUCCUGCUGUUAUACCCCGGUACAUUGCACCAGAAAAAGAUGGAGUUGUGACGCUAAAGGAAUCUGAGCCAGCUUUCUCUCCAAUUGCUUUCUUCACCAUUAAGAAUAUUGAUAUGAACCAGAAGGUGGACUGUCACAUGGAAGGGUCUGGUCCAUUCAGGCUUGUCCCUUAUCAGCUUUUCAAGAACGAAUUCUUACUGGAAACUACAGAGCCAUUGGACUACGAGAAGACACAGGACUACGAGCUAAUUAUUGUUGCUAACAACACCAGAGGCCUAGUCAUCAAAGCAUUUCUUAAGGUGCAUGUUUUGGAUGAGAACGAUAAUGCGCCUGUGUUUCUGCAGUCAGUGGUGGAAAUAUCAAUUGAGGAAAACAAUCUGCCAAAUACCUUUCUAACCCAGCUCCAAGCUUCAGACCAGGACAGUGAAAAUCGAGGGCAAGUUAUCUACCUCCUUGGAGGCGAUGCCCCCGUGAUUUUUGUUGUGGAUCAAGUGACAGGUGUCCUGACUGUGAGCACAUCACUUGACCGUGAGGAAAAGGAGAAAUAUCGGUUCAUUGUGAGGGCGGUAGAUCAGGGGAUACCCAGGAGAGAGUCAAUUGCAACGGUGGUGCUGACUGUGCAAGAUCGCAAUGAUAACAGUCCUCGUUUCAUCAAUAAGGACUUUACUUUCUUUGUGCCUGAGAACUUCCCAGGAUAUGGUGAGAUUGGUGUCCUCUCUGUGACAGAUGCUGAUGCUGGAGAAAAUGGCUGGGUGGCUCUUUCCAUCCUCAAUGGUAGUGAUAUCUUCAUGAUAGACACAGGACGAGGGGCGCUGAGGGCCAAGACAUCACUUGACCGUGAGCAACAAGGUACAUACCAGCUGUGGAUUGAGGCUGUCGAUGGCGGGAAGCCUGCGCUAUCCUCUGUUACUAUGGUGACUGUGCUGUUGUUGGAUGUGAAUGAUAACCCCCCAAUUGUCCUCUUCCCUCAGUCCAACCAGUCUUACAUGCUAGUGCUACCUAAUACAAUACCAGGAACAUCAAUCACAGAGGUGUAUGCUGUGGAUAAAGACACAGGCAUGAAUGCGGUGAUUGCCUAUAGCAUUAUUAAAAGGAAAGGUGGUGAGUCAGGAUCAUUUGCCAUCGACCCAGAAACAGGAAAUAUCACAUUAAAGAGGGAACUCAGCAACAGGGGACUCUACAGCCUUCUGGUGAAGGUCAGUGAUCAUGGCCAACCGGAACCGCUUUACUCAACAGUCAUGGUUAACUUCUUUGUCAAUGAAACAGUGAGUAACGAGAGCUAUAUCCAAAGUCUGCUGACCAGAGAGGCUGAGAUAGAGGUGGAGGAGAAGCCCUGGUACAUUGGCCAGAUGACAGAUGGCCCUGUGAGGUAUGAGCUGUUCCCCUGUCGACCUGUCCUCAUUGCUCUUUCAGUGACAUGUCUGGGGUUGUUGUUCCUGGUUGUCAUGCUGACAUCUUACAUAUGCUGCAAGAAGUUUAAAAAGAUUAGGAAAAAAAGACUGGAGGUAGAAAUACCUUUGAAAAUAAAAACUGACAAAGCACAGGUUGUGAACAGAAAGCUCAGACAGAUUUCCAACAUCUGAUAUUCAGCUGUCUGUAACCCCCCCACCACCACCCACCCCGCCUUCCCCCACAUAAAAACACUGUUUACAUGAUUGUUUACAAUUCUCUCUGUAAGAAUUACAGCUCUUACAUAAGUUGCUCUUUUUGCUUUUUCUAUUAUUGUGAUUAUCGGUUCAAUAGACCAGUAAUUUGAUUUGGCCCAAUGUUUCCAUCGUUAAAAAUGCCACAUCCAUUUUUUAGUUUAUUCAUAAUGUUUAUUAAUUUAAUUCAGAAGUGCUGUGCCUGAAAACUGUUGGCAUCAGAGUAGAAACAACAAUGCUACAAGGCAAUAAGAGCAACAAAUUUUUUAAAAAAUGAAGGUUCUAUGUAAAUAUUGUACAAAAUGUUUUACAACUUUAUAUCAAACUUUUGCAUUGGCAUAAAGAUAACUUAAUACUUAUGGAGGCACAAGAAAUGUUUCCGUUGGAGAAAAGUUUAAUCUCUUUACAACACCAGUAGAAAUAUUGUGUAAAAGUGAUUACACUCAGAUGUUAUAGAGAUCUUAAUAUAUUUAUUUUUCUAAAUAUAAUGUCCACCUAUACAUACAUUUCUUAAACUGAUUAUUACAAAUCAGGAUAUGCCUGAUUAUAUAUCACUGGGUAAUCAUCUGCUAUGUCUAAUGUCACCUGACAAAGCAUUCUGCACAGGGAGCUUAACUAUUUAUAUCUGACACUUGACGAAAAACCAAAAAGAAGGCCAGCAAGUUUUUCCAGAGCUUAUAGUUUUGUUGCACUUCCCUUUAGUUCAGUUGUUUUGGAUUGUUGAGCUUUCUAUGUCAUACAAUGAGAGAUGCAUUGUGAGAUUAUUGCUGAAUAUUCCGGUAAAAGCAAGUAAGGAGAA